GAUAUAGAUAAAUGGAAGCGUCUGUGUGUUAGCUAAAGUUGAACGCGCAAAAUGCAAAAGUCACAACGCGGCCAAUGUUGGACGCUGCUUCUGCUCGGCGCAUUGAUCAUAUCGUUUGGAAUGAUGUUUAGCUAUUGGUAUCUGGUGCCGCGCCAGCUGCACUUCUGGCAGCUAUUCGGGCGCAAUCAGAGCUCAGCCGGAGAGCCGGUAACUGCGGAGCUUAAAUACUUUAUGCCGCCACAGAUGAUACCCAAGGAGCUAAAACUAAAGCGCGGUGCACCUUACAUAUACCAGAUAUUGCACUAGACACUAUAGAC